GCCCCCUUAGACCCGAAUACUGCUCUCGAUUGGAGUCCGUGUUGUAGUAGUGCUUUGUGCCAGGUUACUUUGUCAAAUGGGCCCUGUUGCCUAGCGUUUACUUUCUUCAGUCAUUACACUUGGAGUCCUGUUUGGUGUCGAAGGGUAACCACCAGAUACUAGCCUGAAAGAUUGCAAUGGCAUCCAUUCCGUCAACUGGCUCCCUUACAGCUACACAUGACUAUUACAGGAGGCGCCUUGGUUCUGCUUCCAGCAAUAGUUCCUGUGGUAGCUCGGAGCACGUGGGAGAAGUGAUUCCACACCAUCCAGGAUUACCAAAGUCUACAGCGGGCCAGUGGUGGAUCAGUUUUUUCUUUGGAAAGACUCAGAACCAUCCAGUAAUGACAACGCUGUCUGAAUCCUCUGAGAGUGGCAAGAUAAACUGUAUACUGCCUCAAGAAAUGGCAAGGAAACGACAUGCCAGUGAGCCCAGCAAACCUUCAUCUUAAUCUGAUUUCAACUUUUGAAGAAGACGCUAGGAAUUUCAGGCGUUCCAAAAUGUUACAUUUUUUAAAAUGAAGGCUGCUUUAUGUUUCUGACUAUAUUUUUAAUAAAUACCAGUCCUCAUCUUUCCAUAUCAGUGGGGAUUGUUGGCUUACUCGAACAUCUAAUAAAAAAAACUUUAGCAGCC